CAGUACGACUACGGGGAGGACCUUGGGGUGACAGCUGUGGCUCUAUAUGAUUAUCAAGCAGCGGGUGACGACGAAAUUUCGUUUGACCCCGACGACAUCAUCACCAACAUUGAGAUGAUCGACGAGGGCUGGUGGCGAGGCGUGUGCAGAGGUGCUUACGGCCUUUUCCCAGCCAACUAUGUGGAGGUUCGGCAGUGAUGACGAUGAUGACCCGUCUCCCCAUGCUUUUGCAAAAAAAGGGGAGGGAGACGUUUUCAGAUACUGUCCUUCUCACACCUGGGUCUUUUUUUCUUUUUCCUUCCUCUCUUCGCCUCAUCUUAGUGUUCCGACACAGCACUAGAUUUCUGAGCUCCUCACAGCUUUUCUUUUGCUGCCUUCUCCUUCCCUCCUGUCUAUUCAGUUAUUUUUAAAUCGGAGACAAAAUGGAGAACCGGUUAUCUGACCGAAUACUCGGCUUAACACGGCACAAAGCUUUGCACCUCUGUUUAGCAGUAGUUAAAGCUACAAGAUGCAACCAAUAGUUUAUUUGGAGACUGAGUUGAUUUCACUUCUUAACACCGGUCAUGCAGUCCCAGCUUGCAUUUUGCAGCUUUAAAUAUUUUUAUUCAUGUUCGGCUUCACAAGGUGUUGAUCAGGCAUUGCUGCUUCUCCGUACGUCAGAGAAUAAUUAUUGGGUACGUUUCAUUAAGCAGAUCCCCCCCCCCCCCGCCGCCGUCCUGUGGCCUGCAGAUGGUUCCCCCUCCAUCAACAUCUUCCAGCCUUAAAAGCAGCUGGAGGGAGUUGGUGUGAGGAAAUGCAGUGAUUGCUUCCACACUUUUUCACGCCAGGAAAAAACGUUAGCAUCAUGAAGAGUACCCUCAGUCUCACCAAAGACCAGAGAAAUGACUAAAUCGAGCUUAAAACGUCUGAAACGAUGUGCACAGAGCUCAGGGUGCUCACUGUGUAGUAGCUCAACCUUAAUUUAAGCAGGAGAAGAUUGAAGUGAAACAAAUCUCCCUUCCUCUUUGGAUUAUCAUGUAUAUUAAUGGUUAUAUUCUGUCCAGUCCAAUGACCAAAAUGCCAACGAUCCCAUUUGCUUCUUGGUCAGUGUUUGUAAAGUUUGCGGUGUUGCACAGGAGUCCAAACCCCGCUUCCAACUGUAACUGUGCAAGCUGAUGAAAUCUGAGGAUGGUUUAGAGCUUCGUGUAGUUCGAAUAAGUGUUUUUGUGUCUGUUGGAGAAAACUUACCUUUAUUAAGUUGUUCUCAGAAUCAAGGGCCAACGACACCAGAGAUUCAUUUGUGCUACUUUGGUGAAUCACCAGAUAAAGACAUAGUGUUAUUUGAAUUCUAUUCUGCAGUGCUGAAUCAUAGACUUCAUGCUUUGAAUCAUGUACAUAGAGCUCAUACUUUAUAAUGCUUGAAAGAAGUCCUGGAUAUAAAAGCAGGGUUUUUGUUCCGUCACUGUGUUCUUCUGUGGAGGUGGACAGGACUUUUAUAGGGUUUCCUUUCUUGUCACUGGGAAUGCUUGGAGGUUUUUGUGUCAUGUUGAUAUACGUGUGAAGCUUGGUGAUGACUGCUCUGGAGCCUAACUGACAUCCUUCGCUAUGACCCAGCGGUGUGUGCGACCUCUCGUCGGCAGUGACGAUGACUGUGGAAAUGUAUCCAGCUGAUGUUGAGGGACAGUGCUUCAGUCUGUUCUCCAAACAUGAAUAAUUCCCAACAGGCAGCAGGCUGGACAAACUGCUCGUCUGUGGAGUGCAGUAGUGUAGCUUACACAGGUGCGUGCGUGCGUGUGAGAGUUUCUUCGUUUAUUCAUCUUCGGGGUUUUAUAAUUAAAAAAAAAAAAGUGACCUUUUUAAAUGUAUUAUCUGUACCUCUGUUUGCUUGAGUCACAUUAUUACCUGCUUGUUCUUUUUAUUUUUUAGUUUCAAUAAAUAAACUUAAAUAAGCUUG